CUUAAUUAGUUUGUUACAAAUUAAUUUCCAUUGAUUUUCCUGCCAUGCCCGAUCAAUAGUUUCGCUUCGAAAUAUGAAGAACCUUAUCAGCUUGGUUUCUACGUUUCUCCUUGUAUCUGUUUUGAUUUUCAAUGCAAAGACAAUCACAUCUCAGGAAGUAGAGGAUCAGAGGGAGUUUGAUUAUAUGAGAGGUAGUGGAAGAGGGCCUGACAAAUGGGGAGAAAUUCAUGAAGGAUGGGGAGCUUGUAGUAAUGGAACUUUACAAUCUCCAAUUGAUUUGUUGCAUGAAAGGGUUGAAGUUGUACAUAAUUUAGGCAAAAUAAAGAAGCGCUACAAACCAGCCAACGCCACUCUGAAGAAUAGAGGACAUGAUAUUACGCUUCAUUGGGGAAUUGGCACUGCUGGAUUCAUUAGAAUCAACAGAACGGAGUAUGCGCUCGAUCAAUGCCAUUGGCAUUCACCUUCAGAACACACUAUCAAUGGCAAGAGAUUUGCUCUAGAACUGCAUAUGGUUCAUCGAAAUCUUGAACAAAACAAGACGGCUGUCAUAGGUGUACUGUACAAAAUAGGAGGACCUGAUUCGUUCCUUACAGAGCUGGAGAAGGAUAUUCAGAACAUUUCCGACACCGAUAUGGAGACUCACAAGGAGAUUCACAUAGGAAUGGUUGAUCCAAGGCACAUAAAAACGGCCGGCGGGAAAUAUUACAGAUACUUGGGUUCUCUUACUACUCCACCUUGUACUGAAGGUGUCAUUUGGACCAUCAACAGAAGGAUGAGGACUGUUUCAGAAAAACAAAUGAUGUUAUUGAGAACAGCCGUGCACGAUAAUUCGGAGAAAAAUGCAAGACCCUUGCAACCUCUUAAUAAAAGGGGCAUUCUCUUCUCGGGGCCAAAGCAUCGCCAUACACAUAUCUAAUACUCCCUUCGUUCCUAAAUAUUAGGUUGAUUUCUAUAAAUAGAUGUUUCAAAAAAAUAGGUCAGUUUUCUAAUUGGGAAAGUCAAAUGUUACUUUAGUUUUCUGGGACCA